AGCGUGUGAGGUGGAGUGGGGAAAAUCGCGUGGUUAGAAUGUGUUGGGUUGGGGUUGGGGGUGACGCUGGACAUAAAUAAGCUCAAACAAAAUGCCCACAGUUUGUUAAGUUGAACAACGCUCAAACCAUCCUUUUCUUUCGCUCUUCUUCCAUUCCACACUAAAAAGUAACAGUUUCGGAGGGAAACACAAUACAACACAAAAAGCCCCCCCCACAAAGCAAAUCACCUUUUUUUUCCUUUCAAAAUGUUCGCCGAAGAGAAUGGCCUCAAGGGAGACCCCAGACUCCAAGCCAUUUCCCAAGCCAUCAGAGUCGUCCCUCACUUCCCCAAACAUGGAAUAAUGUUCCAAGACAUAACGACAUUGCUGUUGGAUCACAAGGCGUUUAAAGACACCGUCGACAUUUUUGUCGAUCGUUACAGAGACAUGCACAUUUCCGUAGUUGCUGGAAUUGAGGCAAGGGGGUUCAUGUUUGGUCCCUCAAUUGCGUUGGGCAUUGGUGCAAAGUUUGUUCCUUUACGCAAACCACGGAAGCUGCCAGGUGAAGUAAUUUCAGAAAAAUAUGCUCUAGAAUAUGGAACUGAUUGCUUGGAGUUGCAUGUUGGUGCUGCCCAGCCCGGUGAACGGGCCAUAAUAAUUGAUGACUUGGUGGCCACAGGUGGAACUCUGUCAGCAGGAGUAAAACUUCUAGAACGUGUUGGGGCUGAAGUGGUGGAAUGUGCUUGUGUCAUUGGUGUGCCUGAUGUCAAGGGGCAGUGCAGGAGUAUUGGAAAGCCACUUUAUGUUCUUGUUGAGCCACGUAAAGCAGAUAAAUGUCAAGCUCAAGCAGAUAAAUGUUACUGAGAUGUGAUGUUGGUUCGAUCUUGAACUGACAUACAAAAAGGACGCUUAGUGUGAGAAACACAGGCCAUAAUGUGAUCCUUAAGUUUUCGGCUGAUGGAGAGUUGUGUUCAUGGCAAUUGCCAAAUAUCAUCCUGGGAAAUGUUCCCCCUUUUCAUAUCUUUUUAUCUUUGUACAUGUUAGCCAUCAUGUUAUGUGGCCAGCAGUUUAGAACAAUAACAAUCAUUAAAGAAGGGAUGGAUUUUAUGGCAUUUUAUAAAAUGUCAAUUUAAGGUCACAUUUCUUCAA